GGAACGGGAACGGAACGAGUCGCGGAACGGAGGUGGAACGGGGCGCAAACUGGGAGGGGGCUGCUUGGAACGGGUGUGGAAAACGGAGUGAUGUGAAAUGUGAUGCGUUGGUGGAAAAAAGGACAAGGUGAUAGGGGUGCAAAGUGGAGGAAAAAUAACACGCUCGUCACGUGUAAUUUUACCAGGACUUGAAAAACCACCCCCGCCUUGUCCAAGAUGGCUGACGCCACGACAGCCUGGCCCAACAUGGCCGCUCUCUGGAACGUCACCGGACCUGAUCACGCAGAAACUCUCCGCAGCCAGGCGAUCCAAGCUCGCGAGAGUGCCCGUGCUAUCGCUGCCUGGCGCCCCCUACACGAAGCCGCUCACCCAUUGGUCGACGCCGCCGCCAACAUCACUGAUGUCACAAUGACGUCAUCUCUGGGUAACGGCACCGGCGCGCCACCUGCCGGCGACCUGCUGCGACACGAUCUGACCGUCAGCGCCGUCCUAUGCGUUGCUUACCUGAUCGUGUUUGUCGUCGGGUUGCUAGGCAACUCGUGCGUCGUGGCGGUCGUCUGUCGCUGCCCGCGCAUGCGCAGUGCGACCAACUACUUCAUCGCUAACCUGGCGGUGGCCGACAUCUUGGUGGUGGUCUUCUGCCUACCGGCCACUCUCGUCUCCAACAUCUUCGUCCGUGAGUAG